AUGCGGCUGCAGGAUCAUCCGCGAGUCUUGUGGAUUGACGCAGUAUGUAUCAACCAAGAUGUUGUUCUGGAGCGUAACGAGCAAGUCGCCUUGAUGGGAAGGAUAUACUCUCAGUCCAGUGGCAACCUGGUGCAUCUGGGAGACUAUGACGAAGACGAUAUGUCCGAACGCAUGGUCCGCAUGCUGGAUGCAUUGUAUGGUGAUGCUGAAGAAGAUACUGACCAUUUCCGCAACCUUGACGACAUGCUCUUACACAAACCGCAGACUGAUAUAGCGUUUGAGAUUGACUGGGUGGCCAUACGAAAGGCUGCAGCCAUUCCUUGGUUUAGACGUCUCUGGGUCGUCCAGGAGGCCGCUCUAGCUCCCCGAAACAUGGUCUACGUCGGGUCGUACUGCACCUCCUUAUUCGAGGUUCUUGUCGCUCUGGUAUGGUUUCGUCCCCUAGUGCGUGAGAAAGCAGAGAUCAGUAUGGACGAAGCUGCUGGCGUAUAG